AUGUCUCCUGCAAUUAGAAUGAAGAGCACGGCGACACUCUCUAUUCAAAUCAUUACAUUUUUUCUCUUUACCGCCACUCUCUCAUCAUCAUCCCCUCCCAGUGGCUUCAGCAUCGACUUAUUCCAACGUCGCUCUAAUUCAUCUUCUUCUCGAAUCUCUCUCGGAUCAUCUCCUUACGCCGAUACCAUCUUUGCUUCCUUCGACUAUAUUAUGAAACUACAAAUCGGUACGCCUCCUGUCGAGAUCGAAGCUUUCUUAGACACAGGAAGCGAUCUCAUCUGGACAAACUGUUUGCCUUGUACGAACUGCUUUAAACCAUUCGAUCCUUCAAAAUCCUCGACCUACAAAGAGAAAACAUGCAAUGGCAGUUCUUGUCUGUAUGAGAUAAUCUACUUAGACAAAAGCUACUCAAGAGGAACAUUUGCAACCGAAACUGUCACGAUCCAAUCAACUUCAGGCCAACCCUAUGUAAUGCCUGAAACCAUCAUUGGAUGUUCCCACAACUCCUCAGUAGAUUUUAAAGCAUUCCCUUCAGGGGUUGUUGGUCUAAACUGGGGACCUUUAUCACUUGUCUCUCAAAUGGGUGAAGACAUGUUAGGUCUCAUGUCUUACUGCUUUUCUCGUAAAGGAACUAGUAAGCUCAACUUUGGAAGUAAUGCUAUUGUGUCAGGAAAUGGAACUGUAUCAGCUAAUUUGUUUAGGAAGAAGGAGCCACCUAAUAUGUAUUACCUAAACCUAGACGCUGUCAGCGUUGGGAAGACUCGCGUUGAAACACUUGGGACACAGUUUCACGCCACAAACGGGAACAUUAUCAUUGACUCUGGAACAACUUACACCUACUUGCCCGAGAGCUAUUGCAACAAAGUGAGGACGGAAGUGGAAAACGUUGUGAAAGCGGAACGAGAAGCUUCCUCACCAGACAACAUGCUUUGCUACAAAACGAGUAAUAUGGAUUUCUUUCCCGUGAUAACAAUGCAUUUCCAAGGUGGUGCGGAUCUUGUUCUGGAUAAAUACAAUACGUUUAAGACCAAUGGAGAAGUCACUUGUCUGAUGAUUAUUUGUGAUCUAUUAAUACCAACUUUUGGUAACAGGGGGCAAAACAAUUUUUUGGUUGGGUAUGAUCCUUCUUCACAAUUGGUUUCUUUUAAACCUACUAAUUGUUCAGCUUUGUGGAGUUAG